CCAUCUCCCCUUCUCCUCCUUCCUACUGCCAACCAUCGCGCCAUGUGCUGAACUUUCAUCGUCAGACACAGCACCCGUCUUCGCUCAACAUCCGAAUGAUCACGCGGGCUUGAUCGGGAAAGCACAGGUGACAUGUGUACGAAGAGUGGGCGAGAACACGGACAAACGAAAGAGGAGGCUGAUGGACGAUCGACUUACCGCAUUUCCCUUACUCCCGGCUUCACCAGAGCCGACAUUCAUUUUCAACUUCCACCUCCCUCCCUCAUUCUCUCCUCCCAUCGAGGUGGCUGGUCCACAAGAUACCAUUUACUCGACUGACAACAACUGGGUAUUGUUAGCUGCUACUCUCUGUCUCAACAGCAUACCCAAUUGACGCCAGGCAUUCACGUCAUUAGCCUCCGGCUCAGGCCAAUUCCAUUACUGAUCCGCAUCCGCGAUUCCGUACGCUCUGGUCAUACGACCGUGGGAGUUAUGAAAGGCACAGGUUGCUGACUGCUGUGUUUUCCUUGGGAACUCCAAAUACCCUGCCCAAGCCUUCUACAUCCUGCUUCAGCCUCAGCAACAAUGUCGUUCCUUCGCAAGACCUCGGAUCCUCCCACCUUCUUCCCCAUCUUCCCUACAUAUCUUCUCCCCUCGAUCCCAUUCCGCCGUAAGUCGCGUCAGUCGAGCACCGACAGCAAUAGUUCAGCGGACACAACCACGUCCACCGGCUCGGCCGCCUCGUCCUCUUCGAAUCCUUUCACUAGAAGCCCUACCCCGACGCCCAUCCCUGUCUCAUCCGCUUCGUCUGUGGUUGUUCCGCCCGAAGACAAGUUCCUCAAUGGCCACAGCUCUCACAUUCAAUGCGCAAAAUGCUCCACUGAUCUGUGCCUGACUUCGCAGAUCAUCAGCAAAGGCUUCAUGGGCAGACACGGUCGAGCAUAUUUGGUUCAAGGGACAACAAGCCACAUCCACACCAUGACUCCUUCCUUGCCUAAUACGUUCCAGAACAAGUCCAUCUCCCGAAACCUAGUGACAGGACAGCACAUUGUGAGCGACAUUAGCUGCGCAAUCUGCGGGAGCAUCCUGGGAUGGAAAUACGUUGAAGCCAGCGAAGAGAGCCAGAAAUACAAGGUUGGCAAGUUUAUCCUCGAGACGAAACGCAUUCGCAUCAAUGUCUCCUGGGAGAAUGAGGAAGACGGUACCGGUCCUUAUAAAUAUGAUGAAGUUCUACCGCUUCCCCCGAGAGAACUGAGAAAGCUGGUCGAUGGUGCGGCCGGCCCGACCGACGAUCUCGAAUUCGACUCGCAAGACGAGGACGAAUGUGAGGAUCUUUUUGCCGGAGUUUGGAGCCCGCAACUUGCUGCCAAAAGGCGGCAGAGGAAACGGGAGCGGUUUGGGAGGCGGCCCGUUGGCAGCUUGAUCAACUUCGGCGCUGCGAGCAGUACCGACACUCUGUCAUGAUGCUCCCGGCAUUGUGACUACUUCGUCUGGGAACUUCACCUCGACCAUGAAGACUUCCGACUCUAGGCCCAUGAUGGUCAGUUCUGGCUGAGAUAACGUCGUCCAGUUCGAUGGAAAUGCGACCAACAACUUCCGCUCGAUCCGGGAUGCACUUCUGACUUAGUUGCGUGCCAUCGUCCCCAACCACGCUUCAGGAUGCCAUCUACCGGUCAAUCCUGGCCGAAGCUAUAGGCAACAACACCACAGACACAUGCUGACGUUAUUUAUGCUGGCAUCUAUGACUUUUCUUUGAUUUCGAAAUACCCCUCGUCGCAAUAAUACCCCAUUUGCUCAACUGCGACUAUUUUGCACAGUUUCACCACAAUCAUGAUACCCACUACAGAUGGUCAGCCUACACCGGGGAGCUUUUGGGAAAUGGAAUGGCGUUUUGGCUAGUUGCUGCUCAUUAAUUGGGAGCACCGACGGUGUGGUUUGCUUUUGCUUUUGCCUUUGCCUUUGCUUUUGGUGCUGAAGGCCUGCUGAACGAGAUCCGAUAGGCUGAAAGGCAGUAUAGGAGACAUAAGAAGUUAAUGUGAACGAGCCUGCGGGGGAAGUGGUCGGUAGGCAGAAGGGUUAGACCAGAAAGAUCUCUCCAUAUAGGAGUUAAUCACUGUCAAACUGGGGAUGCCGACGAAUGCAUGUCCAUUCCUCCACAUAUA